AAUUAAUGUAAUAAUCACAAUAAGCUCAUACAGCACCAAUUCAAUCUGCUAGUUAUACAGUGACUCUAUUAAAAAAAUAAUUAAAGUGUAAUUGAAUUUACUUAUUUUAGAAUUGGAGGAGAGUAAAACAAUAGAAGGUGUUUCAGUUGGUUUAGAGGGAAAUAGUUUAUAUUCAUGGAAUAUUAGUUUUGCUGGUCCUUCAGAUACAUUAUAUGAAGGUGGAUAUUUUUAAGCUUUGAUGAAAUUUCCAGAAGAUUAUCCAAAUUCCCCACCAACAUUUAGAUUUUUGACAGAAAUGUGGCAUCCAAAUAGUAUUUAGACUAUAAUUGACAUUAGUAUAUACUGAUGGAAGAGUUUGUAUUUCAAUUUUACAUGCAUAAGAUGAAUUUAAUGAUUAAGAACCACCAGAAACAAGGUAUUCUCUAAAAUCAUAAUAUAAGAUGGAGACCUAUUUUAACACCAGAAGAUGUCUUAAUUUCUAUAGUUUCAAUGUUAUCUGAACCAAACAUCAAUUCACCAGCCAAUGUUGAUGCAGGAAUUCAAUUCAGAGAUCGACCUGAUGAAUAUAAGAAAAAAGUGAGAAAAUUAAUUGAUAAAGCAUUAGAAAAUUUAUGACUGCUU